AUGCCGGAGCAAUCUGAUCAUGUCGUUCCACCUCCACCCAAGAGGAAAUUAAUUAGCAAAGGAGAUAUAACAUUUGGUUCAAUCUUGGGAUUUUGUACUGGUUUCCUAUUCAAGAAAAUUGGGAAAAUGGUCGCAAUAGCGGUUGGAAUCGGUUUUGUUUUUCUACAGUAUAUGGCGUAUCAAGGAUUUGUUACUAUACAUUGGCAACGAAUUAAUAAUGCCUUUACUCAAGAAAUGGAUGUUGAUCAAGAUGGUCAUGUUACAGCUCGAGAUACAAAAUCCAAAUUAAGAAUUCUUAUUGAUUUGUUAACCGUAAAAUUUCAAUUCAAGAGUUGUUUCGUUAGUGGAUUUUAUUUAGGAUUGAGAUAUGGUUAA